UAUUACAGCACAGGCUGUCAUGGCGCAGAGGAGGCCAGACAGGUCCGCGGCGUCAAACUUUCAUUUCGGCUCGAUUUCUGAGAUGUUCACGCGUUACGAGCUGUAAAAUUGACCCGCGCUCACUGAAGACACAUAUCGAUGAAAACACAAUUCUGAGAACGACAACUGGAAACAGAGAGACCUAAAAAGAGGAGAGAUGGAAAAACCAGUGCUACAGACACAACCAUCCACCUUGCCUUUUUUUGACACGGCCCACGCUUUCAACCUUUUGCGGGGAAUUCACGAACUACGUGCUGAGCGAAAGUUUUUCGAUGUGACAUUAUGCGCCGAGGGCCGCGAGUUCCACUGUCACCGCACAGUGUUGGCCGCUGCCAGCACCUACUUCCGAGCUAUGUUUGCAGGGACGCUGAGGGAGAGUGUUAUGGACCGGGUCGUUCUACACGAGGUGUCGGGUGAGCUUUUAGGUCUGCUGGUGGACUUCUGUUACACUGGUCGGGUCACCGUCACUCAGGAUAACGUUGACCUGCUGCUGAAGACAGCUGAUCUGUUUCAGUUCCCCUCAGUCAAAGAGGCCUGCUGUGCUUUUCUGGAGCAGCGGUUGGAUGUUUCCAACUGCUUAGAGAUCCAGGACUUUGCAGAGGCCUACGCAUGCAGAGAGCUGGCAGUCAGUGCACGGCGCUUUGUCCUCAAAAAUAUAAUGGAGCUAGCUAAAGGGACGGACUUUGAACGCUUGCCGUGGAAGCGCCUUCUUGAGUUUGUGUCAGACGAUGAGCUUUGUGUGGACAAGGAGGAGACAGUUUAUCAAAUUGCAGUGCGCUGGGUGAAGGCUGAUCUCCAGCGACGACUGCACUACUGGCCCGAGCUCCUCCAGCAGGUCAGACUCCCCUUUGUCAGAAGGUUCUUCCUGUUGGCCCAUGUGGAGAGCGACCCGCUUGUCUACCUUUCUCCAACCUGUCUCCGUAUGGUGAAUGAAGCCCGCAGCUUCCAGUCCUGUGAGUAUGACCGUCACGACAGGCCGUGCCACCGCAUGCGACCUCGGCCGUCCACGGGAUUGGCAGAAAUCCUGGUGGUAGUAGGAGGCUGCGACCAAGACUGCGAUGAGCUGGUUACAGUGGACUGUUACAACCCUCAUACUGGACAGUGGCGCUACCUGGCUGAAUUCCCUGACCACCUUGGGGGAGGCUACAGCAUAGCAGCACUCGGAAAUGAUAUGUAUGUCACAGGUGGCUCUGAUGGCUCCCGUCUCUAUGACGGUGUGUGGCGAUACAAGUCCAGUGUGAAUGAGUGGACAGAGGUGUCACCCAUGCUGAAGGCUCGUGAAUACCACAGCUCCUGUGUGCUGAAAGGCCAGCUCUAUGUGGUGGCUUCAGAUAGCACCGAGCGCUAUGAUCAGGCUCUAGACUGCUGGGAGGCCUUGCCAGCCAUGCUGCAUCCAAUGGACAACUGCUCCACCACCGCAUGCAGCGGACGCCUGUAUGCCAUCGGCUCUCUGACCGGUGAGGACACCAUGGCCAUCCAGAGCUACGAUGUAGACACCAACCGCUGGACCAUGGUCAACUGUGGACAGCUGCCUCCGUGGUCCUUCACACCAAAAACUGUGACCCUCAAUGGCCUCAUCUAUUUUGUCAGGGAUGACUCAGCGGAGGUCGACGUUUAUAAUCCUCAAAAAAACAAGUGGGACAAAAUUAGUCCGAUGACCCAGGUCCACGUUGGAGGCAGUGUGGCAGCCCUGGGGGGCAAACUGUUCGUGUCUGGUGGUUAUGACAAUACAUUUGAGCUGUCUGAUGUAGUAGAAGCCUACGACCCAGCCACCCGCACCUGGACACUUGCUGGACGGUUACCUCAGCCGACCUUCUGGCACGGCAGCGUCAGCAUUUUCCGCCAGUUUAUGCCCCUGGUGUCGAGCGCAUUCGAACCCGCUGACCUACCCGGGUCGAACGCCAUUCAACUGCACCGGCAUCACCGACACCACGCGCUCCACAAUCUCAACAACCUCAACCAGAACCAGAACCAGGAUGUGAACGCGGCACACUGAUCUCAAAACCCAUGUUCUCCCUCAUCGUGCCACCAGUGUACCGUGAAUUUACCUCAUCGCUUUGCUAAAGCCGUCAAAGUCAGAAGGGAAGACUGAGCAUUUAGUCUGUUGACUGGACAGAAAGGCCUGGAGCCAGACGGAUAGACACACCCAAGACAUUUUAUUUAUCCCACAGGGGGAAAAUUCUAAGUUACAGCAGCAGCAUUUAGAAAAACAUCCAUAAACCUCUAUAGAUUAGACUGAAGCAGUGUUUAUGCACAAAGCUAGAAGUAUGCAUACCUGUUAUUUUCAUCAUAUUUCUGAAGUCGUAUGUUGUGCACAUCUAAUUGUUUUGUGCAUAAGCCUCAUUUCCAAGUCCACACAACACAUUUGUACAUGGUUUGCAUAUUAAUACUGGCGUUAACCCACUUACCCACUGUGACGAUGUCCUCCAACACACCAAACAGAUGUCUUUAUCAACAAACACUACACACAGCUGUGAGUUUAUAGCACAGUAAUUAAUCUAUCUGUAAACCGUCAUUGCAGCGUUGGCCAGAUUUAAUCUCCUCAUUGUUUCUGAAGUAUGCAUAAGCGCUACAUUCAUCUUUGACAUAUACCAGUUUAUGUGUGAGAAAUGGUCUAUGCAUGAUUUUUGUGCAUCUGUAUUGUUUAAAUAUUUGGUCCCUUGUAUCCUCAGUGGACUACACUGCAUGCAUGGCACUCCCGGGAUGUUCUGUGCAAAAGGUCUAAGAAGCUGCUGGUUUUGUGGCUAAAUAACCAGACAUGCAGGUUAUUUUGGUUUUACACAAGAAACCACUUUGUGUUGGGGCUGAAAUAAGGAAUUUAUCAUAUAGUUGAUCGAUGGAGCUAUUUUUAUAGUUGGUUAAAUGUUACUGGUUUCAGCUUCAGUUGUGCUUUUUUGUAUUUAUAUAUUUAUACAUGUUGAAAACAUUGAGUUUUAGACUGUUCGUUGGGUAAAAUAAAAUAUUUAAAGUUGUUCUCAUGCUGGUGUGCCAGAUUGUGAUGGGUCAUUACUGCCCCUUACAGCUGGAGAGGGGUAAACUCCCACUGGAUGGUUGGUGAGAACUGGAUUAUGGUUCCAUUAAUGUUCCUGCUGGUCAUUCGUUGCUUGGAUUCACUCCUGGACUAUAAAUUUGAGAUUAUGACAGGUUUAGAAUAAAACUCAAAUUUGAUUAAAACCUGGAAAUUUUUGCAGUUUGGAGGUGACCAACUGCAAAGGUUUCCCAGGCAUCUUUUCCUCGUAGUGGUCUUGUGGGAAUUUGUGGAAGUUUUAGCUGUGCCAGAAAGUCAGAUUUUGUUGAAGUCUAUAAGAAAAUGAUUCAAAUUAUUCUGGGCUGAUUUAUUACAUCUGUAAACACUUUACUGAUGAGUUAAUUGUUUCAAUUCUUUGUUUUCAAGCUCAUUUUGUAAAAUCUGGUCCUAUUGUAGUAAAUUAGAUGGUGCUUUAAUUUACAAAGGUACGAGUGUGCAGAGUGUGCUCGGGUUCUCAGUGAUAUCCACUCCUCACUAAACUAAAGGUUUCAGUAUGGUAGUAUGUAAACCAAUGGGUGAGGUGAUGCUGGCUGUGUUUAUACGCAGCCUGUUGUGUUGGCACUGUAUCCAGCAUCCACGUGUGAACUGCAGUUAUUUGAAGUUAAAUGAAGUUAUUCUAUUGCACUUAUGCAGUUAGACAUUAUUUCUUCAGUGGCCAAAAACACACUAAUAAAAUUAAAACGAGUUCUCAGACGAGUCCAAACGGUGUGCACGAAGCUGAGAUUUUCUGUGGGAACCAUCUGAUGAUAUCACCUACACAGUGGAUGAGAGUAUCUCCUACAGGGUGAGGUGUGUCUGUGUUCGACUGUGUGUGUGACUUUUGUGGGGGGGGGUCCUCUCUUUUAUAAACACGGUGAAUUGAAAGUUAAAUGCUUCAAGGUGAACUCCACCAGAUUAAAGUCAGAUUGCAAAAUGUGAAUUACAUUUUUGAAGGAGCUGCGAGAAACACGAUUAAAUGGCAGCAACAGUUAAACACGAAGACAUGAAGUUUUAAAAUGUAACAGAUCUAGGGUUACAAGGACGUGAGCUUACUAGACCUCUGGGGUCUAGUAGGCUCUGCUUGAGGCCUGCAGCUCGAGGCUGCAUUAGCUGCUAUUGGCAGAGAAUCUGCAUUGUGCGUGAUGGAGGCUCGUGUAGGGAGAGAAGAAUUUGUGGAAUAAAAAGACCAUAUCUCUGGUUUUGCUGCAGCAGUUUGACUCUGAGUGGACUUUAAAUUGUUUGUUUCUUUAACGAGAUCCAAAUACUUUAACAGAAACCACAAUAAUCUGUUUACAUUCCAAAAAUAAAACCUGAUAUCUGGCACUAAACAGACAUACACCUGCAUGGUUAAAAGGCUAAUUCUUACCAGUGUGCUGAGAAAUCAUCAUAGUAGAAUUUCAAGUUGGCUGCAUGUGAUGUGAACUUGCACUGAGUUGAUUCUGUUUUUAGUGAUUCUUGGGCUGCACAGCAUCCCCUCAUUGCACUCUUGACUCUUAAACAGAGCUAUAUCAGCCUCUAUAACCGUGCAUGAAUUUGUUUAAUACAUUUUUUUUUUAUGGUGUUUCUUAAUGUUUUACUGUUAUACUAUUUUCUUAUUUAUGGAUACAUUUGUGCUGUGAUUGCUUCUGAAGUUCCUGCCUAUCAGCUGCAAAAGAUCAGUGGCUCUUUGUAAACACUAGUAAUGAGUUGUCAGUCACAACUGGAAGUGCAGAAAAAAAUCUCAGCUUGUUGUCAUGUACGAUAUAUUUUUGCUUCAGUGGAAGUACUAUUUUUGUGUGUUUCUACGCUAUUGUCAACAUACCAUUGUUUUUGUCUUUUGUUUGUUUUUAAGUGUUCAGCUUGUUGAAGGGUUUUGUAAAUACAGUAUAUUCUUAACUUUAUGUGCUCUGUUUGUACAAUGUUUCCAGUGUGGCCACCACGAAUUAAACUGCAGGCAGGUCUGAGAGUUUA